AUGCGUGAAUGCUUGAGUAUCCACAUUGGCCAGGCCGGUCUACAGAUUGGCAAUGCGUGUUGGGAACUAUACUGUCUUGAACAUGGACUCGAUCACGAGGGACGGCUCAAUGGACCCGAGGUUGAAAAUGAUUCUAUAUCGACCUUUUUCCACGAGACCGGUAACGGCAAAUUCGUCCCGCGGUCGGUGUUCAUAGACCUUGAGCCAACAGUCAUAGAUGAGAUUCGAACAGGUUCAUAUGGAAAGCUGUUCCAUCCGGAGCAAAUGAUAAGUGGCAAAGAGGAUGCUGCAAAUAAUUAUGCCCGAGGUCACUAUACAAUGGGCCGUGGCAUCAUCGAUAACGUCAUUGAUCGUAUUACGAAACUUACCGAACAGUGCUCGAGUCUUCAGGGGUUCCUCAUCUUCCACUCAUUUGGAGGUGGUACUGGCUCGGGCUUCUCAGCACUUCUGAUGCAGCGACUUGCGAUUGAUUUUAGAAAGAAAGUGAAGUUGGACUUCGCCGUUUAUCCUGCCCCGCAAGUCUCGACAGCGGUUGUUGAACCCUACAAUUCAAUCCUAACGACGCACAGUACUUUGGAUCAUUCCGACUGCACGUUCCUGGUUGACAACGAAGCAAUCUAUGACAUCUCAAAACGCGGACUUGGCGUUGACCGACCAUGCUACUCAAAUCUGAACCGACUUAUCGCUCCUGUCGUGAGCUCUAUCACGGCUUCUUUACGUUUUGACGGAGCACUAAAUGUGGAUUUGAACGAAUUUCAGACAAAUUUGGUGCCGUAUCCACGCAUUCAUUUUCCUCUGACUUCGUACUCGCCAAUUAUCUCCUCCGAGAAAGCCUACCACGAAACACUAAACGUUUCAGAGAUCACAUUCUCGUGUUUCGAGCCGAGAAAUCAAAUGGUCAAGUGUGAUCCUAGGCAAGGAAAGUAUAUGGCUUGCUGCAUGCUUUAUCGCGGCGAUGUCGUGCCCAAGGAUGUAAAUACUGCUAUUGCAGCCAUAAAGACGAAGCAGUAUAUUCAGUUUGUGGACUGGUGCCCAACAGGAUUUAAAGUUGGUAUUAACAACCAGCCCCCCAUCGUUGUUCCCGGAGGUGACUUGGCCAAGGUGCCACGUACUCUCUGUAUGCUUAGCAACACAACAGCUAUCGCCGAAGCCUGGACCCGGCUCGACCACAAGUUUGACUUGAUGUUUGCGAAGCGUGCCUUUGUCCACUGGUAUGUCGGUGAAGGCAUGGAAGAAGGCGAAUUUUCCGAAGCGAGAGAAAAUAUGGCUAUGCUCGAAAAAGACUAUGAAGAAAUGGUUGAAGGUGACACAAAUGAGUCUGCGACAGAUUUUUAA